UAUUUCUAUCAGUCUUUUACAUCCUUAGUUAAUAUUUUUUGAAAAAAAUACAACAGUAUUAAGAUGAAACAUAACUAUGGAUGCAAGUGAAGCAAAGUCAUCAGUUGAAACCACUGAAGAAAGAAAACAAUCUACUGCAGAAUUCAUAGCAGAUGUGAAAGAGCGAACUGCAUUAAAAGAGGAGUUGGCUGAGACUACAAAAGAACUUAACAAAGCAAAAGGCCAGAACUAUGACUUGUUAAAGAAGUUGGAAAAGUUAGAGAAGGAGAAUGCUACAUUAAAAAAAGAAGUUGAGCAUUCGCACAAAGGAAAACGGAAGAAACCUGUCAAAAGAAAAAUACCACGAUCUAAGAAGCACAAUACGCCAAAAAUUGACGAAAAUGAAGCAUUUGAAAGCACGGAGAAUUUAUAUGAGGUAAUAGCUGAGUUGUACCCAGACCUCCCAUUGUCAAUGGUUUUACAUGCAGAGAAGAAAUUUACGGAGGCCGAUGCGAAUAACGAUGGGACCGUGGAUGAGCAAGAAUUAGAAAAGAUGUUAGAUUCCACAUCCUUGAUGUUUACAAAAAGUGAAGUAAAGGAUAUUUUGACCACGAUUGAUGUUGAUGGUACUGGUUCGUUAGAUUUUUUGGAAUGUUUAAAGGUUUGUAAUGCGCUUCAAAACAAUCGCAAGACUGGACUACCAUCUUCAAUACAACAAAACAAAAGCUCGGUUUGUAGUGUGCAAUAACUUUUGUAAGAGGGGUAGUGUUUUAAUCUUAUGAUAAGAUUAAAACACUACCCUUUUUUAGUCUUCCGUUUUUUGGGAAGUUGCAACACAUGAUGACAUUUUCGUUUUAAAUUUGGUUAGGGUUAAAAUGAAAAACUCACGGACCCCGACCCUAUUUUAGUUCCCCCCCCCCCUCAUUUGCGACUCCAAAAUUUGUCUGUUCCAACUUGCUUGAAAGAAAUAGGCAUUUUUAAUUACAUUUUUCAUUGGAUUUGUAUGCGUUAUAGAAUAUUUAGAUUUUAUAUAAUAUAUUUUGAACAGAGUGUAAUAUUUUUGUAAAUUUUUGCAUUGACAUUUUUUAAAAUUAAUAUAUUUUUGUACGAGUUUUUUUUAUAGAACUGUAAGAAAUGUUUUUAACUAAUAUAUUAACUUUUGAGGAAAAAAAAUACUCCAAGACCAUGUCA